GUCUGGCAUGUAUUAAUUAUACGUUUAUAUAUAUAUAUAUGGAAUUAUUAGUAUAUACAUAUGUAUUUUGUUAUGAUGAAUAGUAAUUUUUUUAUGCUUUUAUAAUUAAAAUACUAUAAACUACAUUCUUUUUAUCUCUAAAAUUCUGUCAUGUGUUUGUAAUAUAUUUUUUUGGAGUGGAAUUUUAUAUAAUUUUAAAACAAUAAGAACAACUUAGUAUAGUAACAUAUUAAAGAGUGCCUCAAAUUAGUGUCUUUUCCUGCUAUAAUUUGAGUACAUGCUGUCAGAAAAAACAUACAUUGUUGCUUGUUACUAUUAUGGAAGCCAAAAAUAACGAACAAAUAAAUUUACCAGAAGUAAUUGUUAAAACAGAACCUUUAGAUCAAAACAAUGCUAAGUCAGAUGUACAGCAGUCCCAAAUACAACCGAUUUGUACAGAAAAAGAAUGUGAGCAGCGUAUUGAAUGUACCACAGAAUCUCAAGAGAUUGAAACUCGAGCACUUUUAUCCAAAUGUGUAUUUUGUGGGAAAACAUUUACCAUCGGCGAUGAUCCUAAACUCUUGGAGUGUUUACAUGCAGCUUGUACUACAUGUGUUAAUAAUAAAAUUGCAGAUCAUAACACAUCUGGUGAUGUUGAUGUUUUAUUGGAGAGCAAUGUUAUUGCUUGUCAAGUUUGCAAUGUUACCAGUCAAAUAGAAAAUUUAAUUGAGAAUAGAUUUAUUUCAAAGAUUAUUGAAGAAGAUAUUAAUAUGGGAACAGAUGACGAAUCUAUAGAAACAGAAGAAGAAAAAAAAUGUACUAGCUGUCACGAUAAUGCUGUUGCUACUAGUUGGUGUGUGGAAUGCGAAGAAUUCAUUUGUCAAAGCUGCGUCAUGGCUCAUCAAAGGCUAAAGAUAACAAAAGAUCAUACAAUUAAACCAAAGGAAGAAGUUGCAAAUGACAGAGAUAAUAUUAAAAAGGGUAUUAAAAAAAUACCUGGUUGUUUAUUUUGUACUAUUCAUUCCCAUGAACAACUGUCCUUAUUUUGUCAGACCUGCGAUAGAUUAACUUGCAGGGAUUGCCAAUUAAGUGAUCAUCGUGACCAUAAAUAUAAAUUUAUUCAUGAAAUUGCUACAGAAACAAAAUCUUCUGUCUCAACCCUUUUAAAGGAAGUUAGUUAUAAACGAGUCUUAUUACGAAGUGCUAUGAAAGUUAUAGAAGAUAGACAAAUUUUAAUUGUGGAAAAAAAAAAGACUUUAGUUCAAGAAAUAACUCAGAUGGUAGUACAAUUAACAAAUGCUAUUAAUACAAGAGGUAAAUUAUUAGUCAUGCGCUUAAAUGAAGUUUGCGAUCAGAAACAAAAUACAUUAAAUGAAAAGAAGAUCGCUUUGGAUCAAUUGUCUAAACUUACAGAUCAUUGUAUACAGUUUGUGAGUCAUGCUUUGAGUAAGGGUACAGAUAUGGAACUUUUGUAUAGUAAAAAGUAUGUUAUUACUUAUUACGUGCAAACAUUUCUACAUAAAUACAAGUAUUACUAUAAGAAGGUUCAGAUCAAUGUUAAUUAUCGUAUUAUGUACAUAAAUAUGAUAUUAAAUUGA